UCUUCCUUCCCUCCCACAGCCCUGUAGCAGGCCCCACGGCCCUGGGGAUGUGUGGGAUCCCAGCAGGAAGGAUGGUCUGCUUUAUGGUCUGCCCAGGGAUGGAAGUGCAUGUAUAUUUUUGGGAUCCAUCCAGAUUUGGACUGAGCAACAAAUUUGAAUCAGAAUUUCCUUCUUCAUUAACUGGAAAAGUAGCUCCUGAGGAAUUUAAAGCCAGCAUCAACAGAGUUAACAGCUGUCUUAGGAAGAAUCUUCCUGUAAAUGUGCGGUGGUUGCUUUGUGGCUGCCUGUGUUGCUGCUGCACAUUAGGCUGCAGUAUGUGGCCAGUUAUUUGCCUCAGUAAAAGAACACGAAGAUCGAUUGAGAAGUUAUUAGAAUGGGAAAACAAUAGGUUAUACCACAAGCUGUGCUUGCACUGGAGACUGAGCAAAAGGAAAUGUGAAACGAACAACAUGAUGGAAUAUGUAAGUUAAAGGGCUGUUUUGUGAGUUUCUCUAUUAAAUGAUCAUUUAUUUUGUUUCUGAUCUUAUUCUUUCCAUGAUUAUUAAU